AUACACAGAAGAACUAAAAUCUUAUCCUCAAAUCCCAACCACUAUCUCUUUCUCUAGUCUUACUUUCCCAUGUCUUCCACUCCCACCAAUCUCAUUGAUUUCUUGGUGAACCAAGCCAAUGGAGUGAAGGGUCUCGCUGAUUUGAACCUCGCAAGUGUUCCUCACCAAUACAUUCAACCCCUCCAAGCCAGAUUAGACCACACCAAAAUUGUCACUCAGAAAUCAAUACCCAUCAUUGAUUUCACAAAAUGGGAAGACCCAGAUGUCCAAGAUUCCAUCUUUGAUGCUGCAACCAAGUGGGGUUUCUUCCAAAUUGUGAACCAUGGGAUACCCUCUGAGGUUCUUGACGAUCUCAAGGAUGCUGUGCACAGGUUCUUUGAAUUGCCAGCUGAGGAAAAGCAGUGUCUUAAAGACAACUCACCCCCUGAAGUUGUCAGGUUGGCCUCUAGUUUUAGCCCCUAUGCUGAGUCGGUGUUGGAGUGGAAAGAUUAUCUGCAACUUGUGUAUGCCUCAGAGGAAAAAAUUCAUGCAUAUUGGCCUCCUAUAUGCAAGGACCAGGCACUGGAAUAUAUGAAGCAUGCUGAAGCUUUAAUUAGAAAAUUGUUAAAGGUGCUUCUUAAGAAACUGAAUGUGAAGGAGUUAGAUAAAGCAAGAGAACACACUCUAAUGGGGGCAAUGAUAUUGGGUUUCAAUUACUACCCAGCUUGCCCUGACCCUGAAGUUGUAGCAGGGGUAGGUCCUCAUUCUGAUGUAUCAUCCAUUACUGUCCUUCUACAGGAUGAUAUUGGAGGGCUUUAUGUAAGAGGCAGUGAUGGUGAUAGUUGGAUCUAUGUUCCUCCUGUUGAGGGAGCUUUAGUAAUCAAUAUUGGGGAUGUGCUACAGAUAAUGAGCAAUGAAAGAUGCAAAAGCAUAGAGCAUAGAGUGGUUGCAAAUAGAAGCAAGACCAGGAUCUCCAUUCCAAUCUUUGUCAACCCAGCACCUGAUGCUGUUAUUGGUCCUUUGUCGGAAGUGUUGGAUGAUGGUGAUGAACCAAAAUAUAAACAACUUUUGUACUCUGACUAUUUCAAGUAUUUCUUCAGCAAGGCUCAUGAUGGGAAGAAAACUAUUGAAUUUGCCAUGAUAUGAUUGGUGACUGUAUCUAUGAAUAUUUGGUUUUGACUAAGUCUAAUGACAUCGUGGGCUCUAUGUAGCCGACCUCACUUAAUAGAAUAAGGCUUCUGUAAUUGUAUGAUUUGUGCUCAUUGUUGGCAGUAUUUAAGGUGUUUGAAAUCCAGCUGCUUUUUGUUCGGAUCAACAUAGCCGAAAAGCAUAUAUUAUGCUGAUCUUUAUUUAACGGAAUUCUAGCAUGAUACAUUGAAACAGAAAAUGCAAAAACUUUAUUGUAAUGAUCA